AUCCAAGCCCAACUUGAUGUUUUUUCGACCUGCUGGGUGUGCUAAAAUGGGAGUUGGUGUCAUAACAUUUGGCUGCCCCGCCUCAGGUGUGUGUGACCAACUGUACAAGCACGUACUACGUAUACCUGGAGACGCAGGCCCUGGAGACAGUAGCGGGGGGAAUGCUAACGUCCGAGAGGAACAAGAUGCUGUGUAAAAACAGCGUAGAUCCCACCGCCACUUCGGACCUACAGACUCUGAUAGACAACCAGGACUGUGCCCCAUACUAUGUGGAGAAUACUGCAGUGAUUGGUCGUUGCAUACCGUCCAUAUUUGGACAAGUCGCAGAUCUUGCCUCUGACCUCACAACCUCAGGAGGUUAUGCUCUUCAGGCAGCGGAUGGCACCAAUGUCACUGGGAACGCCCUCGACAGCGCCAGCUACUACUUGGCACUGUUCUACCAGUUCAAGGAGUACCGGGAGCUCAGAUACAAGGGGCGUUGUGGCUUCAUGGUGGAUGCUGUUAGUGGGCCUGGGAAUGGCGCAUGCUGGUUGCUAUGAUCUGGAUUAGAUCUUGCUCGCGUUGGCUGGCUGGCAUCAUGGUGUGGGUCACUAUAUUUGCUCUCCUUGGGCUCCUCCUGGGAUUCUCAACAUGCUACAGCUAUUCAGGAAAUUACUAUGAGUUGAAGACUCGCGAACCCACAACAUCCACAUAUGGCUUCUCACCAUCUUUGCUGCCAACUUCAACUACUUUCUGUCCCUACAGAAAACAUGGCUAGCUUCGGGGUGCAUUUCGGCAAACCAUCACCACCAUCUACCUUCUCCUUAUCUUCUGUCUGUGUACCAGGAUCCGGAGCUGGCCAUCCAGCUCAUCAAGGGGAGGCUAGCAGG